AUGGCGUCCUACCUGGUGUGGAACGACUUGACGGUGUCGGUCCCCGCUGGUUCCAAGAGGAAACUGCUAAACCAGCUCAGUGGGUACGCUCAGAUGGGUCGGAUCUUGGCCGUCAUGGGUCCUUCCGGCUCCGGAAAAUCCACCUUCCUCGACUCAUUAGCAGGUCGGAUUUCUUCUGACGUCAAAGAAGAGGGAAAUAUUUCCCUAAGUGGAAGGAAGAAGGGGUUCUUAAACCACAAUGAUCUGUCCUAUGUGACCCAAGAAAAUCUUUUCUUGGGUACUCUCACUAUCAAAGAGACAAUAGCUUACACAGCUCAUCUGAGGCUUUCUUCCGAAAUGACGAAAGCUGAGAUCGACGAGGUGGUAGAAGCAAACAUAAAAAAGAUGGGACUUGGAGACUGCGCAGAGAACAAGAUUGGUAACUGGCACUUGAGGGGCAUAAGCAGUGGAGAAAAGAAAAGACUCGGCAUCAGUCUUGAAAUGGUGACAGACCCACUGAUCUUGCUCCUUGAUGAGCCUACCACAGGCUUAGACAGUGCCUCGGCUUUUUUCAUGGCAAGAGCUUUAAGAAAUAUUGCAGAUGAAGAAAGAAUAGUUAUUUGCUCAAUCCACCAGGCUAGCAGUGAAGUUUUCGAUCUUUUUGAUGAUUUACUCCUUUUGUUGAGUGGAGAAACUGUGUUUCUAGGAGAAGCCAAAAUGGCCAUUGAGUUCUUUGCAGAUGCUGGAUUUGCUUGUCAGAGGAGGAGAAAUCCCGCUGAUCACUUUCUGCGGUGCAUUAGCUUGGACUUCAAUUCUGUAACUGCUACUAUUGCUUUCGAUUAUCAGGUCUGCCGGUUGAAUAAGAAUACUAAUUCCAACAAGUGGAAGCAGCUCAGGGUUUUGACUCAUCGGUCCUUCAUCAACAUAUAUAGGGACAUUGGAUACUCCUGGUUGAGGAUCAUGCUCUACAUUUUAUCAUCAAUAAGUGCUGGAACUCUAUAUUUUGACAUCGGAUAUGACAAUGGGGCAAUUAUCAACAGAGGAAAGUUUGUUUCAUUCCUCUUCGGCCUCAUGGUAUGUUUGUCUUGUGGUGGUGUCCCUUUCUUCAAUGAAGAACUGAAGGUAUUUUAUGCCGAGAGACUCAAUGGGCAUUAUGGCGAGACCCUGUUUGUGCUUGUGAAUUUCCUUUCUUCGCUCCCUUUCUCGGUGGUGAAUUCUCUGGUUUCAGGAACAACGAUAUUCUACAUGGUGAAGCUUCAUUCAGGAUUCUCUCACUAUGGUUAUUUCUGCAUUAACUUCUUCUGCACCACCAUUAUUGAGAGUUGCAUGAUGGUUGUGAACUCAUUUGUCCCCAACGCCUUGAUGGCUGUAGUAACUGGAAUUAGUGUCAAUGUUCUAAUGAUGAUGGCAUCACAGAUCUUUAGACUUCUCGCUGAUCUUCCCAAGUUAUUUUGGCAGUACCCCAUGUCCUACAUCAGUUUUGCCAAAUGGGCAGUUGAGGGUCAAUACAAGAAUGUCAUGACCGGUCUUGAGUUUGAUUCAGCAGAGCCAGGAGAACCAAAACUAAACAGCGAGAUGAUCCUCAAAACAACUUUUGGCAUAUCACUAGAUCAUUCCAAGUGGUGGGAUGUAGCUGUGCUUCUGUUUCAAUUGUUUGUUUACAAAGUACUACUCUUCUUAGUGCUUAGGUACAAGAAGAGAAUAGCGCCCCAGUUACGGUUGUCGUCACAAGUGUUAUUCAAGAAGUGUGUCUUGACAGAUGAUUCUGGUGCCAAAUAG